AUGGAGCAAGCUAUUGAGGAGCACUUCUAUAACCACGGCAAAACACCCACUCCAGGCUGUCACUGGUGUCAAGUACGCGCGCUUGGACUCACGGUAGUCAACAAGGUAGACAGCGCUUUUCUGCCCAAAAACUUCGAAUUCAUCAACGACAUGGUUCUUGGUAAAGGAGUAGAGCCCGCAGAGGAUAGUUUCCGCAGUGGCUGCUCCUGCGCAGACGACGGCGAUUGCCAGUUCACAGGCUGCCUCUGCCUGGCCGAUCUGGAAGACGACGACGACAUUGACAUGAAUAACGGCAUUAAAAAAGCAUACGCAUACCAUACACACGGCGCAAAGGCAGGAUCACUACGAUCUAGACUGCAAAAAUCAACUAUGCCCCUGUAUGAAUGCCACAAAGGCUGUGCUUGCUCCAGCGAAUGCCCGAAUAGAGUUGUCGAGCGAGGUCGCACCGUGCCAUUACAAAUUUUCAGAACACAAAAUCGCGGAUGGGGAGUACGCUCACAAGUACCCAUCAAACAAGGCCAAUUCGUGGACCGAUAUCUCGGCGAAAUUAUUACUGCAGAGGAGGCCGACCGCCGCCGCGCAAACUCGGCAGUGUCUCAACAAAAAGAUGUUUAUCUCUUUGCUCUCGACAAGUUCACCGACAAAGACUCACUAGAUCCGCGCUUGAACGGCCCUCCAUUGGAGGUCGAUGGCGAGUUCAUGUCAGGGCCGACCCGUUUUAUCAAUCACUCUUGUGAUCCCAACCUUCGCAUCUUUGCCCGUGUCGGUGACCACGCAGACAAACAUAUUCACGACCUUGCACUGUUUGCUAUCAAAGAUAUUACACGCGGAGAGGAGCUGACCUUUGAUUACGUGGAUGGCGUCGUUGAGGAGCAGGAUGAGCUGGAGGGCAACGUGGAGGGCUGUGGACCUUUGAACGUGCCGCUCCAGAUAUCAGUCUCUUUCGUGCAGCUUUGGUACAUGGACAGAGAAGGCUGCUUUUACUUCCGCAAGUGUCUGCAGCCAGAGCAGAGAUGGCACGGGGCCCCCACCGUCGUCGGCCUCGCCAUCGUAGGCUACGGCGCGAAAGUAUACGUUGACAGAAUACGGGGAAAGCGCGAGCGUAUGCUCGAUGUCCGAUACCAGGAAGAUCGUGAAAGACAACAACGCAACGACAUGCUCUUGGAUGUGUACGGCGAUCGCGAAAGCCUCGAGGGCUUGGAAAAGGCCAUUCAAUUCUACGAGAACGGAAAGAGGUAG